AAACAAGAACAAUUAUUCCUGUCAAAGCAGCUUCAUUUACAUGUUACAAAAUCAGUGAAUAAAUCUGUCAUCAGUCUUUCUCAUCUGUCAGGGGAAGCUGUAGGAGUGUGUGUGUUUACGGUUUUUACAAUCACUAGAUUGACACAUUUCUAAAUACUAAAGUCACUUUUUCAAAACUCUUCACACAGUUGGUGGUAGGGCUUUUAGUUGUGCAGCGCCGAAGUUAUGGAACUCUUUACAUUUGCCAGCUGGAUUCAAUUUCCCAUUUUAACGCUCCAAUAAAAACGUAUUUGUUUAGAAUAGCUUUUAAUGAUUUGCUGGUUUAAUGUGUUGUUAUAAUGCUUGCAUUUUAUGUUUUAUUUUAUACUGUACGGUGUCCAUGAGUGUCCUGAAAGGCGCCUAUAAAUAAAAGGUAUUAUUAUUAUAUUUCUUAAGGAAUUAUAGAGGGGCUGUUUACACAACACCGUUUUCAACUAAAAACAGAAAACCUUUUAUGUGUUUUGGCCGUUCAUUUACACGACAGCAGCAUUUUGGGGAUGUGAAAAUGCAAACUUUUGAAAACAGGUCUUAAAGCACAAGUUACCACAAGAAAGUGAUACCAUUAUUGUCUCUGUGUAAAUUACAAAAAUGCUAAUUCAUGCAUAUAUGUAUUACAUGUUUGUGUAGUAUUUCUUUACAAAAAUCGCAUUGCCAACUGCUGGCCUGGAUCCGUGUGACCAGGGAAGGUUAUGACAAUGUUGUCUUCAGUACAUGAAAAACGCAAAGCAAAAACUUUUCCAUUUUAGCACAUUGUUGUUCGGGUUAGGGAACACCUGUUCAUUUAGACCCAUUGACACAGGUGUAUAAAUCAAGCAUCUAGCCAUGCAGCUUGCAUUUACAAACAUUUGUGGAAAGAAUUUGUUCUGAAGAGCUCAGUGAAUUGAAGCAUGGUACUGUCUUUGCAAUAAGUCAGUGUGUGAAAUUUCAUGCCUGCUAGAUAUUCCACCUUCAGCUGUAAGUGGUAUUACUGGAAAGUGGAAGUAUUUAGGAACAGCAGCCACAAGCCCACAUAAAGCCACAGAGUGGCUCACCGAGUGCUGGGGCUCAUUUUGUGUAAAAGUCACCAACGCUCCACUGAUUCCAGAGCUGAAGAGGAUCUCCACUGGCAUUAAUAUCAGCACUAAUACUGUGCAGCAGAGCUUCAUGAAGCCUCGCAUCACCAGUACAAUGCCGAGCGUGGGAUGGCGUGAGUAAAGCAAGCUGACACUGGACUCUGGAGCAGAGGAAACCUGUUCUGCGCAGCCAACGAUCACACGGUCUGAUGGGAGAGUCUGGGUUUGGUGGAUUCCAGCAGAACGUUACCUGCCUGCCUCAAAUUCAGUGCCUGAAAAGUUCAUAUUAAUGUCUAUGUAUUGAGAAUGAGAUGUCAUUAACGUCCCUUUUGAUGUAAUGGUCCGAUGUCCCUAGUUUUGUCCAUAUAGUGUAUUUUAUCUGUUAAUACCAUUUGACUUAAUCUCUUUAUAUUAAACAGACAUUAACUCAACUGAUUUAAUUCUAAAUAAGGUGUGCAGAGCUGCCAGAAAACAAGUCAUGUUUACACCAAGAAUAACUAUAAUGGUAACUAUAUUAGUGUCUUCACUCGUUUUAUCUUAUCAGAGAACUCACAGUAAACGGCUCCAAACACAAGUGAUUGUCUUUAUGACAGGAAAGAGCGUUACUGAGCGCUUUUCUCUGAUAUCAUCACAGGUUUAUGGGAAAAUGAUUCUUAAACUUCUGCAGAAGAUCUUCAGCUGGUUGCUGCUGGCCACAGUGAUCGACCAGAAAGUUCUGAUUCUACACGGAGGAAUUUCUGACAAGACAGACUUGAAUGUGAUCGCCAAACUGGACCGUCACCAAUACGUUUCGGCCCUUAGUCCCCUGAAGAGCAGAGGAGCAUCGGCGAGGCUGAAGGAAGCGGCUCUCGACCCAGACGGAGAUGACGAGCUCAGCACAGGACGGAGGAGAGUUCAGUCUCUGACUCACGGCACACGACAGGAGCUGGUCUUCGGUGCACUCCGAGUCCAGCCGGAUGAGCCGCUCCGUCGAGGAGGAGCUGCGAGAGAGACACCGCCUGGUAGGCCGACUCCGAUCCUGCUGAGGUUCUGGAGAUGGAUGCAGAUGAUUGGAAACAGUAUGACCAAACAAUCUGAAGAAACCUUAGAAAAAACUACUGUGGCACAGUACUGUGAUGUAUCUGAUGGUAAUAUCAUGGUACUUAUGUAUACCUUGAUACUGAGUGAUUACCAUAAUUUACUUCAAAGAAUACCACGGCAUUACCAUGGAGUAAAGUCAAAUAGACCAUGGAAAUACCAUGGUACUUUUUGUUGGUGUGUGUGCAGGUAGUCUGCCAGCACUUGUUGUUGUUGUGUUUAGAGCUUUUUAAUAUUUGACAAUCGUGUUUGGCUUGUGUUGUCAUUUGUUUGCUCA